UUCACAGUGACAGCCCGAAAGUAUGAUUCUAAGGGCCGUGGGUCUGGAUUUCCAGGAAAGCAGAGACCUCGAGGUGCAGGACUGUCGGGGCGAGGUGGCCGAGGCAGGUCAAAGCUGAAAAGUGGAAUCGGAGCUGUUGUAUUGCCUGGGGUGUCUACUGCAGAUAUUUCAUCAAAUAAGGAUGAUGAAGAAAACUCUAUGCACACUACGGUUGUGUUGUUUUCCAGCAGUGACAAAUUCACUUUGAAUCAGGAUAUGUGUGUAGUUUGUGGCAGUUUUGGCCAAGGAGCAGAAGGAAGAUUACUUGCCUGUUCUCAGUGUGGUCAGUGUUACCAUCCAUACCGUGUCAGUAUUAAGGUGUGUUUGGUGCAGACACUGUGGAGCAACAUCUGCAGGUCUAAGAUGUGAAUGGCAGAACAAUUACACACAGUGCGCUCCUUGUGCAAGCUUAUCUUCCUGUCCAGUCUGCUAUUGAAACUAUAGAGAAGAAGAUCUUAUUCUGCAAUGUAGACAACGUGAUAGAUGGAUGCAUGCAGUUCGUCAGAACUUAAAUACUGAGGAAGAAGUGGAAAAUGUGGCAGACAUUGGUUUUGAUUGUAACAUGUGCAGACCCUAUAUGCCUGCGUCUAAUGUGCCUUCCUCAGACUGCUGUGGAUCUUCACUUGUAGCACAAAUUGUCACAAAAGUAAAAGAGCUAGACCCACCCAAGACUUAUACCCAGGAUGGUGUGUGUUUGACUGAAUCAGGGAUGACUCAGUUACAGAGCCUCACAGUUGCAGUUCCAAGAAGAAAACUGUCAAAACCAAAACUGAAAUUAAAGAUUAUAAAUCAGAAUAGCGUGGCCAUCCUUCAGACCCCUCCAGACAUCCAAUCAGAACAUUCAAGGGAUGGUGAUAUGGAUGAUAGUCGAGAAGGAGAACUUAUGGAUUGUGAUGGAAAAUCAGAAUCUAGUCCUGAGCGGGAAGCUGUGGAUGAUGAAACUAAGGGAGUGGAAGGAACAGAUGGUGUCAAAAAGAGAAAAAGGAAACCAUACAGACCAGGUAUUGGUGGAUUUAUGGUGCGGCAAAGAAGUCGAACUGGGCAAGGGAAAACCAAAAGAUCUGUGAUCAGAAAAGAUUCCUCAGGCUCUGUUUCUGAGCAGUUACCUUGCAGAGAUGAUGAGAAUGUUGGACCGACGACACAAGACCUCAGACUUGUGUUAUUCUAGCAGCUGAACACACCCCAGGCUCUUCUGACCGGCAGUGGCUCUGGAAGCAGUCUGGUCUAUAGAGUUAUGGAUUCACUACCAGAUUCUACUGUAUGCUCUGACAACUAUGACCACAAUGGUCCACCCACAAAUGAAUUAUCAGGAGUGAACCCAGAGGCACGUAUGAAUGAAAG